AUGAGUAUAACGACAAAAGCCUACGUCGUCGAGGAAAAAGGAGGCCCCUUCGUCCUCAAAGACGUCAUCCUCGACCACCUCGAGCCAGACGAGGUGCUGAUUGAAAUGAAAUUCACCGGAUUAUGCCACACCGACCUCCUCGUCCAAGCCGGCCUAAUGCCAAUCGGCAGCUUCCCCGCCGUCCUCGGCCACGAAGGGUGCGGCGUAAUCCGCGCCCUCGGGGCCUCUGUCUCCAACAAAUCCCUAGCACUCAACGACCAAGUCUUCCUGAGCUUCCGCACAUGCACGGCCUGCGCGCCCUGUCUCGCGGGCCAAGGCGGCGCCUGCACGCAGAGCCAGGCCCUCAGUUUCCUGCGCACGCGGCUCGACGCCUCCAAGCCGUCGCCGAUUUCCCUGGGCGACGGGACGCCCGUGCACGGGCAGUUCUUCGGGCAGUCGUCGCUGGCCAGGAUGGCGGUUGUGUCGGAGCGCAGCGUCGUCAAGUGCGAUGCGUCGCUGGGGUUUGGGGAUGAUGAGCUGGGACCCCUGGCGCCGAUGGGGUGCGGGUAUCUUACGGGCGCGGGGACGGUGGUGAAUGUGCUCAAGCCGAGAAGAGAUUCGAGCAUGGUGAUUUUGGGGGUGGGGGCUGUGGGUAUUGCGGCGCUUUUGGGGGCGAGGGCGCUCGGUGUGACGAAUAUUGUGGUUGUUGAUAUUGUGGCUGCGAAGUUGGAGCUUGCGGGGCAGCUUGGGGCGAAGUAUGUGGUUAAUACGCUCCGCGAGGAAGAUGGGGAUCUUGGGGCUGCGGUUCGUAGGUAUUUUCCCGCUGGUGCGGACUUUAUUAUUGAUACGACGGGGGUGGGGAGGGUGUUGCAGGCGGCGUUGGGUGCGCUGGGGGUUGGGGGCACGUUUGCGCUUGUUGGGGCUAUGCCGCCUGAUACGGAGCUCAGGGUUAAUGCGUUGGAUAUCUUGACGGGGUGUAAGAAGAUCAUUGGGGUUAUUGAGGCGUGGUCGGAUCCGCAGCAGAUCGUUCCUUUGCUCGUACAGUGGUACAAAGAGGGCAAAUUUCCCAUAGACAGGAUCGUUAAGAUCUAUCCUGCCACAGAGCUGGAUAGGGCAUUAGAGGAUCUCAAGGCAGGCAAGGUGAUCAAGCCAGUCCUAUCAUGGGAUUCGCUGUAG